CCGAAGUAAACAAUUGCGCGCUUUUUGCUUUUAUUUUAUUUUCAUUUAACUUUUGCUUAGGUUGCAUUUUUCAAUUUUCUUCACGUUCUCCUUAUUAUUUAAUUUAUUUUUGUAACCGUGUUAAUAUUUUUUAAAAUAAUAAUUGACAAAUAAACUGAGGCAAAUGAAAUAAAAUUAAAAUGGGGGUAAAAGAAAUUGAUAAUUCAACAACUUUUGAUUGGGUUGGUGGGCAAGUAUCAGGCAUUCAAGUUCCCCAUUUGGAGCAUAAGCAAGUUUACUUUUACAAAAAAUGUGUUUUUGGUCCAAUGAGUAUUUGCAUUGGUGACUACGUUCUUGUAUCAAACGCCGAUGCUGCUGAACCAGACACUGAUGCUGGUUGUGACAUUGCAAAGAUUCUCUACUUAUAUGAACUCUGCGAUCCAUAUUCAAAAAAAGAUCCUUUCAGAGCUGUGGUCCAAUGGUAUUCCAGACCUGAAUGUAUUCCUAUAAAGAAUUUUGAUCGUGACGAUUUGUGUAUUGAUUUUAACAUUGAAGUCAUUGAAGAGCAUCGUCCAUACGAUCCAGAUAUAUCAAUCGAAACCAUAUUUCGCAGGUGCUAUGUGGUCACGGGUAGCUCUCAAGAUUCGGCAUCGGGAUUAAUACUUAAAAAGAAAAUCAAAAACUGUCCGAUGUUUGUUUGUCGAUAUAAAUUUAUUAAGCUCAAAAAUCAGUCCUAUACGCUGGUGCCAUUGGAAUACCAAAAAGAAGAAACUUCCAGGAGACGAUCGGUGAGCAAAAGCACUAGCGAAAGCGCAUCACGUCGACGAUCGACUACUAGGACUACAUCAAGUGCCAAGAAACAGCGCAUACAGGACGUAGAAUUUGUCGAUGUUGAUCGCAUGGAUGAGAACAGAGUAUCACCGAUUAAAAUAAUCGGCGGCAAUAGCGUUGUCAAACUUUCGUCUAAGAAAAUGACUUCGUCCACUAAUAAGGAAAUCAAUGCCAACUAUUUGAGUUCACCGCUCACUGAGAAAAAUCAUUCUCCAAAAACACCAACACAUGCUAAGGCCUUGGCAGCUAGAAGGAAUUUAAACAUCAGCCUUGACAAUGCUGCGGGUAAUACAACCAUGGAUUCGGAUAUAAUGAAUUACUCCAUUAUCAAAAGCACCCCGGAAAAUACUCCACAAAAUUUGAAAAUAAAACUGCGACUAUCCGAAAGUCAAAAGGGCCCAAAUGUUGUCACACGACGUUCUUCUAUGCGAAAUUCAAUUGACGAGCAAAUCGAAGACCUUACUACAAUAAAUUCAAUACAAAAAGAUAGAAAGCGAACAGCUACAAAAGAUGUUUCCUAUAUAGAUAUUUAUCAUACACCUUCAAAAAAAACCAAAGACCCUGACGAUCCGGCGCUGUCCAACAGGAGAAAAAGUAUUCUAAAAUCAGCCAGCAGCCGUGUUGCUGCUGAAGGUACUCCCAAGCGAAAUAUUCAACUCUCGAAUAUUGUUGAGAGGAGAAUUUUCAAAAAUGAUGAAGCUCUUCUCUUGACCCCCAAAAGAAGUCGAUCGCGUAAGUCGAAAGACGGCAAUCAAUCCGAUGAAGAAUACUCAGCACCAAAAACACCAACACGCAAGAGCCCAGCUAGUAAACAUACAUCACCUGAAGCUAGUCAAAUGACACCUUCACAAAAACUUAAACUAAUGCGUUCGGGCAGCUUAAAACCAACUAUCGACAGUCGGGAGGCAUCGAAGAGCGAUCGUCGCAAAUCUGAUUUACAAAUAGCUCGCGAACGUUUGCACGUAUCAGUGGUGCCGAAGAGCCUACCAUGUCGUGAAACAGAAUUCCUCAAUAUCUACACAUUUCUCCAGGGAAAAAUUCAAGAUCAAUGUGGUGGUUGUAUGUAUGUUUCCGGAGUUCCUGGGACUGGUAAAACUGCCACAGUGACAGGAGUUAUUCGAGAGUUGCAACGCUUUAGUGCUGAAGAUAAAUUGCCUGACUUUGAGUUCAUCGAAAUCAAUGGAAUGAGGCUAACAGAACCUCGGCAGGCGUAUGUCCAAAUAUAUCGACAAUUGACUGGAAAAACUGUCUCUUGGGAACAUGCUCACUCAUUGCUAGAAAAGAGAUUCACUACUCCAGCACCUCGGCGGACAACCACAGUGCUUUUAGUUGAUGAAUUAGAUAUAUUGUGUAAUCGGCGCCAAGAUGUUGUGUACAACUUAUUGGACUGGCCAACGAAGUCAGCUGCUCGCUUGGUUGUUGUAACCAUUGCCAAUACUAUGGAUCUUCCUGAAAGGCUUCUAAUGGGCAAAGUUACAUCUCGUCUUGGUCUCACCCGACUUACCUUCCAACCAUAUACCCACAAACAGCUUCAGGAAAUUGUUAUUGGACGGCUGGGAGGUUCAGAAGCAUUCAAAGGUGAUGCUGUGCAGCUGGUUGCACGAAAAGUCGCCGCUGUAUCUGGUGAUGCUCGUCGAGCCCUUGACAUUUGUCGAAGGGCAACUGAAAUUGCAGAUGCACAGCCAACAGAACCUAAAAUCGUGAAUAUGUUACACGUACAACAGGCCUUAAGUGAAAUGAUAUCAAGUGCAAAAGUGUUGGCUAUUAAAAAAUGUUCCAGACUUGAACAAAUUUUCCUCCAAGCUGUUGUAGCAGAGGUUACUCGAACUGGAGUCGAAGAGACAAAUUUUAUGGGAGUUUAUUCACAAAUCGAAACCAUUUCUGCUUUUAUGGGUGCUCCAAUUCCUACUCCAGGACUUGCUUUAAGGAUCUGUUCAAAAUUAGGAGCUGAAAGACUCAUAAUCUGUGAACAUUCAAGGACUGACAUUUUUCAAAAAAUCUUACUCAAUGUUAGUAUGGAUGACAUCCAUUACGCACUCAGAGUUGACUCUAAUUAAAUUAUUUUUAUACUAGAUUUAAGUUUUUCCUACAAUUAUUGACAAACAAAAACAAAAUAUUUCCUGACUUAUUCAAACCCCACAUCAGUUAAGUUUUAUGUUUAAAUUAAAAAACAAAAAUGUUAUAUUUAUAAUUUUGUAAUAUUUAAAUAAUUUUAUGUAACAAAUAAAAGUACAAAUUCGUCAUCGAAACAUUUAAAUAAAAGAGUAAUAUCGAAAAACACUCGUACAAUACUUUUGGUGAAAAUACUGUGAAAAUAAAUAAAUGAUGUCGAAAACCUACCAUUAAAAUCAAAUAAACACAUGUUGUUAAUAAUUUAA